ACAAAAGUUUAUGGCCAACAUGCUUGAAGACAACAGUCAGUCACUGUACAGGGUAAUUACAUACAUGAAAUGUAUAUUGCAGAUACCAUAACAAAACUGCCAAAACUUUAAAGAAACAGAAGCUCAUGUAACGCUCCCGUUUCUCUCUUUCUGUGGAUUAUAGCACAUCGAUUUAACGGGAACUAGUUUAAGAGCAGAUAUAAAGAAUUUUCUUGUCCUACUUGUACAACUAAGCUAAAUUGCAGUGUCAUAGUAAGAAGACAAAAGGAAAUCUAUGGAAAAAGAAAACAAGAUAAGGGUGAUACUGGUAGGCAUGGAUGAGAGUGAGGAGGGUAUCCAUGCUCUUCUAUGGACUCUCUGUCACCUCUGUACUGAGAAAGAUAGGUUGAUUAUCAUCCAUGCUCAGCCCACUGCAUCUUCCAAGGCCAAAGGUCUGGCCCUAUAUUCACUUGUGUCAUUCGUGGCAUUAGACACAUUAAAGAUAUUUGAAGAGGAUAUUAAGAGGUCUACGAGGAAGCUUUUUGCCACAGCAAUGGAAAAAUGCACAGAAAAACAUGUGGUUCCAGAGACAAGGGCGGUGAAUGGAGAUGCCAAGGGUGUCCUCUGCAAUGCCAUGAAGGACUACAAUGCUGAUGUGCUAGUGUUGGGAAGUCAUGGAAAUAGACCUAUUAAGAGGUUACUUUUUGGCAGUGUAAGUGAGCAUUGUGUUCGGCAUGCACAUUGCCCUGUUAUUGUUGUCAAGAACCAGAAAAGCAGAGCUCAUUGAUAAUACUAUAUUUGAAUUUUUCUUGUAGUAAGUCAUGAUCCAGCUUGUGGUGUUUCAUUUUCUCCAGCUUCUGCAUUUGUGCACUUUGCUACCUAAACUACAUGACCUAGGUUCAUCAUGACAGGGGAGCUUGACUUUUCAGUGUACAAUGUUCAUCUGUAUUUUGUGGAUCAUCCUAUACUUAGAAGAGAGAGCUUCUGAUAUUUUGUUUUGCAGUAUGUAAAUGCAAUAUUGAAUUCAUGUGCAACUGAUUUUAUAAAUUUGAUUGUAGAGAUGAUUUGGGCUAAUAAAUUGUUCAAUUUGUAAA